ACAAGGCGUGGCUUGCUAUGAUAAUAUUGACGGUACCGUGAGAGAUCAUCCGACGGCCAAAUCCUCCUGCCAAAGUGAAAGGCACAGAUUGUGCGCAGAGAUGUCGUCCAGUGCAGCGCAAGGGGCGGCUAUUGCGGCAGCACAAGAGGCUGGCGCGUUUCAGAUCUCUCCAGAGUCAGGGCCACCGAAGCUGCAGACGUCAGACUGGCCGCUGCUCCUGAAGAAUUAUGACAAACUGCUCGUACGGUCAGCGCACUUCACGCCCAUACCCAGCGGAUCCUCGCCCCUCAAGCGAGACCUUGCGUCUUACAUCCAGAGCGGCGUCAUCAAUCUUGACAAGCCAUCGAACCCGUCGUCCCACGAGGUCGUAGCGUGGAUCAGGCGUAUCCUCCGUUGCGAGAAGACAGGCCACUCUGGCACGCUUGACCCCAAAGUGACCGGCUGCUUGACCGUCUGCAUCGAUCGUGCGACCCGUCUGGUCAAGUCCCAGCAAGGCGCAGGCAAGGAGUACGUCUGCGUCCUCCGACUUCACGACUCUCUCCAGUCCGAAAAGGCACUCUCUCGAGCGCUCGAGACACUGACAGGCGCGCUCUUUCAACGACCCCCUCUCAUCUCUGCCGUCAAGCGUCAGCUGCGGAUACGUACGAUCUACGAGAUCAAGCUGCUCGAAUUUGACAAUGCCCGCCAUCUCGGUGUCUUCUGGGUCUCUUGCGAGGCUGGCACCUACAUUCGAACGCUCUGUGUCCAUCUGGGUCUCUUGCUCGGCGUGGGCGGUCACAUGCAAGAGCUGCGCAGAGUCCGCUCCGGUGCGAUGAGCGAAGCCGAUGACAUGGUCACCAUGCACGAUGUUCUCGACGCUCAGUGGCUAUACGACAACACGCGCGAUGAGAGCUACCUUCGACGAGUGAUAAGACCCCUCGAGAGUCUGCUGACGACUUACAAGCGCAUCGUCGUCAAAGACUCUGCAGUAGCAGCCUUGACCUACGGCGCCCAGUUGAUGUUGCCCGGCGUGCUCCGCUACGAAGCAGGCAUCGAACUGCACGAAGAGAUCGUGCUGAUGACAACGAAAGGCGAAGCGAUCUGCUUGGCCUAUGCCCGCAUGACCACCGUCGAGCUCUCCACCUGUGAUCACGGCGUGGUAGCCAAGAUCAAGCGAGUCAUCAUGUCCAGAGAUACCUACCCUCGCGCAUGGGGCCUAGGGCCUAAAGCGCAAGAGAAGAAGAAGAUGAUCCAGACGGGCGAGCUCGACAAGCACGGCCGCAAGAAUGAGAACACGCCUGCGACGUGGACGAAGGAAUACACGGACUAUACCAUCCAAGGCGAAGGAGCUGCACUCGAGGCUACGAUCCCUGCCCAAGCCGAGGCAUCCACAUCGGCUCCAACGGCAGAUGUCACCAUGGAAGAGUCGCCCAAGAAGUCAAAGAAGCGCAAGACGGAGGAUGGUUCUGCACUGGCCAAUGGCGAUGCCGAACCUGCAGAGGAAGAUGAGCAAGCGCGUAAGGAGCGCAAGAGAGCCAAGAAGGAAGCAAAGGCAGCUGCCGCUGCUGCCGCUGCUGCUGCUGAGUCUGGCGAUGCUACAGCGGACGUCUCGAUGGUAUCCGAGUCUUCGGGGAAGAAGAAGAAAAAGGACAAAAAGGCAAAGGUGGCAGAUGCGUAGCUUGAGCGGCGAGUGUAACAGCUUGUACAGUACUGCAUGAUUGCUCUUACAACUUCUUCUAUGAUGAUGAUGAUGAUGACGACAACAAGGGCGUGUUCUCGGUGUUCUCCUCCUGAUCUGCUCGCACGUCGGGCAAGAUAUCCGUCCGGGUAUCGGCGACCUUGUCGUGAAGCAGACCGGAUUGCGCAUCCGUGUAGAGCAAGUAGUGCUGGACAAGAAAGACAGAGUCAAAGGCGAGCGAGAGGAGCGCCAAGCCCAGUUUGCCCGGAUUUCCCGUGAUGGCUGACCAGUCAUCGUUCCUGC